AUGCGUAAAUGGCUCCGCCAUACUGGCACCAACGACGACGACGAUCGAUCGCCACGGACUACGUCUGAUGCCGCCACACCCGCGAGCAGCCACGUGCUUCGGCUGCGUCUCUUCUCCAAGGUGCAGGUGCUUUCAACGCGCAGCUUCAAAUUUCCGUCGUCCAUGCCCGUGCCGACGAGUACGAGCAGCUCCGUAGUCGUCGCACGCACCAAGCCUCGUCAACCACAGCGCAAGAAGCUCUUUCUCUUUCCAUUUUCACUCCAAAAACCCACGCAAAUGCUCUCCAAGCUGCUCCAAACGCUCCCAAAUGACCCGUUUGGCGUCGCCGACAAGAUGAGAGCGAUCGCCAAGCGACUGUGGUUCACGCGUGCACCACCGCCCACCGCAGCCAGCGACACUGGCACCGCCAUUGACGUCGAGGCGCAGCUGCGAGCGUGGGCGGCCCUCGCGCGUGCCAACGUCGCCAAAUUGAUCCGACGCAAGCAGCUCCGCGAUUACGCGGUACACGAAGCGCUCGCGAUUCUCGACGCGACCGUCCACACUGUGCUUUGGAAAGCAAAGAUGGCUGCAGACCGCCGGCACCUCAUCGCGGCGCUUUGUAUCCAGCACGCGUGGCGAUCGUAUGCGGGGCGACGACGCAAGCGCAGCUACGACAAGAGGCACGUUCUCGCCACGCUUCGGAGCGUUGUCGAGCGCAUGCUCUGCGCUCGGCUCGUGCCGCGACUCGUGGCCGAGAUUCUCGCCCACGGCUGCAGUCGCAUGGCCAUCCGGACGAUACAGCGGGUCUGGCGCGGGCACAAGGGCCGACAACGUGCUCGGCUCCGACGCCGGCGCGUGCAAAAGGAGCAGCGCGCAGCCGCACGCGAGAUCGCGCGGCUGGCCAAGCGCCGGGCGCUCUUGGCGCCGCCAGAGAAUGGCAAGCGACUCGAGAGCAUCAAGCGCACGUGGGCGCGCGACGACUUUGUACCGUCGCCACACAUCAAGCCGAGCCGCCUCUUGCCGCGACACAAGACGCUCCACCCGCUGCCGACGCAGACGCCCCCGGAGAGCCCCCUCAUCGCCAAACUCUCGGUGCCAAAGUGGACGCGGCUGCAAAAGCCCGUGCGACCGAAUGCGUGCUGGGUAGCCGUGCCGAUCCACGUCACCGACCAUGCACACGUCGACAACCUGCGCCCGCAAAGCCGCCUCCUCAAGCGGCACUACGAUUUGCAGUACGAUUGGGUCCCCGCAGGUCUUCUCCAGUCGACCACCGACGUGCCAGCUCCCAUAACCUUCGAAGACAAAGUGCGGCGUCUGAUGCCACCAUGGGCCACCAGCGUACCCAAAGACGUCCGCCUCCAACCUCUUUUGUCCAAGCCCAAGCUACACACCGUGCGCCACCCGUCCACGACCAAGGUCUUGAAGCGCCCUCCGUCGUCCAGUGUACGCAAACAGUGUUUUUGCCGGCGCACGCGACCAUCCAAGAUUCUCCCCGCCAUUUACGGAUUCUAA